AUGGUCAGCUCGAUCUCUUCCAGGCCCGUCAGUAGCAUCCGCGAACAGCAGCAGCAGCAGCAGCAGCAGCAGCAGCAGCAGCAGCACUCUCCUCGUCUGCCUAGCAUCCACGACGCCUUGCAUCUCAAAAGCUCAUCCAGCAUCGGCGCUCCGUCUCCUCGCUUCGGCUCUACUGUCGGCACCCCGAGCGACCAGCCUGCCGCCCCGUCUUCCUCGGAAGAUCGUCACAGCUCGCCUCCAGGUGCUUCUGCUCGUUCUUCCGAAUACUCGUUCGAUCGCCACUCUGUCUCGAGUUUCGGUCAACGCUCCAUCAGCACUGCGGCCACUUUGCCCAUCUCGUACGAUCUCGAGCAUCUGCCACCUACCAACUCACUCGGCGCAUCCAAGUCAGAUCGGCCCUCUCCUUACUCCGCCUGGACCAAAGCCCAAGUCACAUCCAUGAACUCCUCCGAGAAGGCCGACGUCACCGCUCGGCGCGCUUCGCCGCCGCCACCAUCGCUCCGCCGACCAGCUUCUCCUGCUGGCAAGAUCUCCAACCAUUCGGCAGAAUGGGACAUGCAUUCGGACCGAGGCAGCCCCCGCAUGUCUGGCCGUCGGCCUGGUCCACCCAUCCCAUCUGUCUCCGCCGCCUCCUAUUCGCGUGAAUACGCAAGCAGUCCCAGAUCCGCCUACCGCGAAGCCGCGUAUCGCGAUCCACGCGAACUCUCUCCACCCGUUGCCUCUUCCGGUCUCAAACGCAAGCCCAGCAUCUCGUCGGAUAUGGGAGCCCGACGUCCUCCAUCUGAGCGCGCAGACAGGUCCGGCGGUGCCUGGCAGACUUCGGCAGAAUAUCCCUCGCGCGGUGGUGCCGUGUAUCCGGAUGGCGACUACUACCGCGCACGAGCACGAGGCGAGACGCCCGAACGCACCUAUCCCGGUCCCUACUCGCGUGAUGCAGCGUACGCAAGCCGCGACCGCUACGCAGAUCCGCGCAUGGAAGAUCCACGCUAUUCACCGCGCCACGCGUAUCCGGUAUCGCCCUCGUCUUCACGCACUGCCUAUCGGGUCGGAGCCCACGACGCAGCGCCACCAGCAGGCCAUCCAUAUCCGCCCAUGUCGCGCAGAUCGGACCGUUACAGCCCCGCACCUUCGCCUCGUUCGCCUUCCUACGCACCUCGUCAAGCGCCGCCUUCAUCCCAGGCGCCCCCGCUGCAGCAUGAUCCUUACAGUCGAAGCGCGCCCCACUCCUCUUACCUUCGUCGGCCGUCGCCCCCACCGUAUGCCGCUGACUCGCGCCCGUUGCUCCCACCCCUUUCGUCUCGACCCGCUGCUGCUUCUCGUUACACAGCGGCAGCACCUGGAGCACCGGUGGUCGCCUCUCGAGGUCCUCGCUAUACACCACCUAUGGACGUCGUGUCUCAUCCCGACAGGCUGAGUCCAUCGCCCGAGCCGCACGGCUAUUCCGAACCUUUCUAUCCGGAUCGACGACUCUACUUUGCCCGCGAGCGCAUCUCGGACCCGGAGAUGGACGAGUAUUACCACGGUCCCCUGGGCGUCAACGGUGGCGCAGGAGCCAAGGCACGCUACUCGGACUCGUACUACGACCCAUACGAUUCACCGCACGCGGGAGCCUACCCACCGCCUGGUGCCCACGUCGGAGGCAAGCCGACCAACGGAGGUGCCGGACCCAUCCCUUCGCCCGGGAUGGCGCCCAUGGCGGCGCAUCCAGGAGCCAGGCACCCGCACGAUCCUCGCUACGCCGCCCCCUACGGUCCUGGAGACUACAUGCCGCACGACCCUCGCGACAUGCAUCCUCACGCACGUGUCCCUAGCAUGGGUCGACCCGGUGGCAUCAUCCCCAUCCCCGCCGCUCACGUCCCUCCCGGACCUUCGGCAGGCAUCGCACCUCCUCCACGUCGACGAGGCAAGCUGCCGAAACCUGUGACCGAUCUGCUCAAGACGUGGCUGUUGGAGCACGCCAGUCAUCCAUACCCUACGGAGGAUGAGAAGCGCUCGUUGUGCAGUAUGACCGGAUUGACGCUGUCGCAGGUUUCAAACUGGUUCAUCAACGCGAGGAGGAGGAUCUUGCUUCCUACGGGCGCGAAUGGCAGCCCCGGUGGCUCGACAGCUGCUCAGGUCAAGGCGGCGUUUAGGGACGACAGUAACAGUCCGGAACCUUGA